UCCAACAAUUUACAGUGAUGCAUCAUAUGAACUGGCUCAUGAAUGCAUUAAGUAUCGAGGCGUUGCCCUUGCACCCUCCACAUUUCCACACGACUAACGCCCACUAUUGUCGCGCAUCUCCGUUCAGAUCGGGCUGAUCUCUAAGCCUCUUUUUGCCUUGUUGCCUAAGGCUGAAUCCUCUUGGCCGCCACGAUGUCGACGCUCAAUCAGGCUGGGCUGACGCAACUACUCGAAAAUCUGUCGAUUACUGCCCCAACCUCGGACAUCACCGGGGCAACUGUGUUGAACAAUCCGCUCGACUUGUGUCGCACGACACUCGCUGAAUUGCUCUCUGGUCUCAUUAAUUGUGAUGUGCAGACUGCGUACAAGUCUAUCCAAUGGCCUAAUAAUAUCUUCAACGGUGACCUCUCGGUGACCGUGCCAAAGCUGUGUCCCGGUCGCAAGCCUGCUGAGUUGUCAUCGCAGCUGGUCGACAAGUUCCCCAUAGAUCACACACUCUUUGACCCGCCGUUUCUCGACGGCGUGCAUCUCCGCGUAUUCCUGAAGCUUGAGGUGGUGGCACACCUGCUGCUACCAUACAUCCUCGAUCGUGGGUCAGAGUAUGGCUCGCGAACAUCCAAAGAAGCGCCCACGAAGGUGGUUGUUGAGUUCUCAUCGCCAAAUAUCUCUAGCGAGCUUCAAGGGAAGCAUUUGCGCAGCACCAUUAUCGGAGCCUUUAUCGGUCGACUCUAUGAGUCCCUUGGCUGGGAUGUGACGCGUAUCAAUUACCUCGGUGACUGGGGCAAGCCCAUCGCACUUCUCAAAGUCGGCUGGGACAAGUUUGGUUCUGAAGAGGCCUUUGCGGAAGAUCCGGUGGGCCACUUGCUGGAAGUUUACCAUCAAAUCGAAGGUCUCUUCCAGCCCGAGCAAGUAGCAAGUAAGAAGGCUCGCGAUGAUGCUGCGAAAGAAGGUAAAGACGAAGGCGAAGCUCAAGUUGCGAUUGAAAGCCAGGGUAUCUUCGCUGAUCGCAACGAGGCGUUCAAGAAGCUUGAAGCAGGAGAUGAAGAGAUUGUCGCCUUCUGGGAGCGUGUCCGUAAAGCUAACGUUGACAACUACAUCGACUUCUACGAGAGACUGGGCAUCCAGUUCGACGAAUACUCCGGCGAGUCCAAGGUUUCUCAGGAAGUCAUGGCUGAGGUCGAACAAUUACUCAAGGAAAAGAACAUCUCCGAGGAGAGCGGAGGUGCCUGGAUCGUACACAUGCAGAAAAUUGGCGCCAAAGCUGGGACUGGUAUCAUUCGAGAUCGGUCGGGUAGCAGCACCUACCUCCUGCGGGACCUCGCUGCAGUGUUGGAGCGCUCAAGGAAGUAUGCGUUUGACAAGAUGGUCUAUGUCGUUGCGAGCGACAACAGUGUCCAUUUCACGCAACUCUUCAAAAUCUUAGAGGCUUUGGACAUGAAAGACCUUACUAGCAAGCUCCAACAUGUCCGCUUCAGCGAGGCGUCGAAGAUGGGAGCUGCACUUGGAAAGGGUUACAAGCCUCAGGCUAUCCUCAACGUCUGCGAAGCAUCGAUCAAAACACUACCGGAUGUGGAUGCAGACAAGGCCGCACCACUUGUCAGCUCCGAACAAGCCAUCAAGGCUCUGGCAACCUCUUCACUCCUAAUGCAAGAGUUGUCAACUCGAGCAACCAGUGCUCACGCCUUCGAUACAGAUGGACUUGCAUCUUUCAAGCCAGGAACUGGACCAAGUCUGCAGUCCUGCUACAGCCGGGUCUGCGCUCUUUUGAAUGGACAGACUGCGUCGUCACAACUGGCUGAUGACCAGUUCGAGUCGCUCGCAGAUGAGGACCAGGCCAAUCUUCUGCGCGUACUUGCUCAGUACCCCGAAGUCGUAAAUGCGACGUUCCAGUCUCUUGAGCCGGCUGGGAUCGUCACUUACCUGACAGCCAUCGCUGAACAGCUUUCUGAUUGUCUUGCGGAUGAAGAGGAUAAAAUUGACAUCUCCCCGGGUUUUGUUGCAUUGCUUGAGGCCACCAGGAUCGUGUUGCAGAAUGGUAUGAAGCUGCUCGGGGUUGUACCUAUCCCAGACCUGCCUCAGGAGCGAGCAGAUACGCCUGUCGCGGGCUGAUUGGGCUUGGUCCUGUGGGCGUCUUUUGGCGUUUGCCGUUUUGAUUCAUGAAGAGACGAAACUGCUUUGUCCACGUCGACAUUCCCGAACUGUAAAGCGGUCUUUAUUGAAAUUUAUCCCGCCAAACUGUAGCAGAUAGCGGACUCGUUGAUAUCGCCAGGUG